AUGCGUCCUCUCGUCCGGUUGCAGGUCAGAGUGAGUUUCACAACCGAUGCCACACAAAAUCGAAGACGACACAAUUACUACGAAGACGGCAGUGUCGACGACUCCGGUGAGAUAAUUCACCUGUCUGCGGCCAGCCAUCCAAGGGUCUUCCAAAAAACUGAUGUCCUAUUUGUCCCGAAGUCGGCCGCAUCGCAGAGGUCGACCUUCACGUUACUACCAAAACUGUUUCGAAAAGUAGAUUUUUAG